GUGAUAACCUUCUCAAUUAAAUUUGCAGUAUUUGUAAUCUACUUAUUAUUAUUUAUUUUUUUAACUUAGUAUUUAAUAAUAAAAUCAAAUUUGAAAAGUGCAAAACAGUAAUUACUUUUUUUAGUGCUUGUAAUGAGAUUCACUCAGGUAUUGUAUAAACAGGAUAUUGGUCGUCUUAUUAAGUGGCAAUGGCGUGCACAACGAAAAAAGUCCUUAAUUGAAACAAACGCAUAUAAAAUACUUGCUUCUAAAAAUAUACCCGUUAUUGAUGCUACUACUAUUUUACGAGAACCAAUUCUAGAGGCUCAAAAACAGGAUGUACAACAAAUUUUAAAUAAUAUUGUGGGGCCAUGUAAAUUGCCUCAAAAGAAUGAUGAUACCCACCCCUUGUGGAAUGAUGAACCAUGUCUUGUUUUUAGUGAUCACAAUGUACUAGUUCAAGGUCUCGAUCAAGCUAAAGUAUUCACAAAUUCAGUAGAACCAUCAAGUGGACUUCCACAACACUUGCAAGAUUUAUUUGAAGCAUACAAAAUUCCUAACCAAGAUGAUCAUGUAAAGAGAAUUAUUAAUGCCUCUGUUAUGUAUGAUAGUAUUCAAGAAAAACUUCCCAUAAAAAAAGACAAGGAAAGACCAGCAUGGAAUUUUCCUAGAGAUUAUGGUAUUCCAACAAAGCGAAGAGUUCAUUUACUAGCUAGCAGAUUAGUACAACUCUGUGACUCAAGUGUUGGAAGUAUGUGUUCAAAAAAAUUAUUGACUAAAGAUGUUUUUUUUAAGGUACCGUUACAAAGAAAUUCAAAUGUUAGUCUUGAUAUAAGAGCAGAUUUAUUAUUAUUGUCUGAUAAUCCUUUAUCACCUUUUAUUGAAAAUGUACUUGGGAAAUUACCAGAUAUUUAUCCUUUAGAUUAUAAAGUAUCAUUAGAUGAAAAAAAUAUUUAUAAAAAAGAUGAAUUUGUUUCACCUAUAAGUGGAAAAUAUAAUAAUGUCCAUACUGUUAUUAUAAAUUAUGAUGAAACUGAAGUAAAAAACUUAUAUGAAACUCCUGUGAAAGAAUCACAAAUAUUUGGACGUUCACUCAUGAAAUGUUAUGCAAUUGCAGUUGCAAAUGCAAAAUCAAAAUUUGGUGAUACUAUUGAAAAUUUAUCAGAACCUAUAUCUCUCCAAUGUAUACAAACCAAUGCUCAUUGGUUUCAUUUUUCUACUUUCCAAUUGAAUACAUUAUGUGGACCUGAAGAAAAUGGUAAGAGAAAUGCUUUUUGGCAAACACCAUUAAUAAAUCUAUACAGCAAAUGUUGUUAUGAAGAAGGUAUACCAGUUUUAAAAGAUUAUAAUCCAGAUGUAUUUAAACACUUCUUAACAUUUUAUAUGAAUGGUACUGAAUAUGGUGCUAAUUAAAAUUGUUUUUCCUGAAUACUUUAUUCAUAUAAUAAAUAUAAUAUUUAUGUUAAA